AUGUCGAGGUUAUUUUUGAGGUUAUUGUUUUGUGUUGUUCUCUUUAAAUUUGCCUAUACUACUAGUUACUACAAGGAUUCCAAGGUUUUGGAAGUCAAAGAAGAUGAUUUUGAUAACAAAGUCAAAAGUUUUAAAGUUACACUAGUCAAAUUUUACAACGAAUCGUGUAAGAAAUGUGUAGAGUUUUCAGAAGUGUAUAAGAAUUUGGCCAACAUCUUUCACGAUUUGGUUCAAGUUUUAGCUGUUAAUGACGAGUCUUUGUCUAAGAAAUACAAAGUCAAGUCAUUCCCUUCACUUAAACUUUUUCUCGGAAAUGGCAAGGAGUCUGAACCUGACGUGGUGGACCUUGAUGAAGAUAAGGACUUGGAUGACUUGGUAUCUUUUACCUUAAAAACACUUAAAAAACAUGUUAAGCAAAGAGCUUCAAAAUUCCUUCCUAAAGAUUCUAAGAAGGUUGUCCAACUAACUUCUUCCAACUUUGACUCAUUAGUUCUUGAUGACACAUAUAGCCAAUGGUAUUUUUAUUCAAUUUUAAUGUUUAUAAUUAUUAGGCUGGUUAAAUUUUACGCUCCUUGGUGUGGACACUGUAAAAACCUUGAGCCUGAAUGGAUGAGUUUACCUAAAAAGAGCAAAGGGGUUAAAGUCGGAAGAGUUGACUGUACUGUUCAUCAAUCUCUUUGCUCUCAAUUCAACGUUAUGGUUUUUUAUUAUUCAUUAUUCUCACUUAGUUAUAUAAAUUACUAUGGAUAUCCUACAAUAUUAUUAUUCAACAAGGGUGAAAAGAGUCCCAAGACUGCUAUGAAUUAUGAAGGCCAUAGAACUUCUGCUGAUAUUUUGGCAUUCGCCAAGAAGAACGAUAAGGCUCUCUCCCCUCCAACUCAUGCCACUUCAGUCUCAGACUUGAAGGAAAAGUGCAGUGGUCCACUUUGUCUCCUAUUCUUUUUUAAUACCUCAACAAAAGAAGAAAAUCUCAAGACUCUUAAGUCAUUCGCUUCCAAACAUUCUGCACCAUUUGCUCUCGCAUACUCCAUGGGUUUGUUAUAA